AUGGGAGACUCUUUGAAAAGGUCAGAAUUUCCGUACUACAUUCUGAAGCAAUGGAGGCAAAGGAAGAUAUUCGAGCUGGACAGGUCCCAUAGCACCAUCUUGCUGAUGUCACAAGCUGGAGGAGUGCUGCAAAAGUACAGCAACAUCUCCUGUUUCUGGGAAAGACAACCCUUAGGCUGCAUGAGGAUCAGUUGUGCCUUCCAUCAUAGCAAACCUCGUUAUAUUAAUGGACUUUUUUUGCCACCUAGUAACAAUGUCCCAUUGCAGCAGGGUGUACAAGAAGGGAUGCUGCAUCCAGCCCAUCGUCAAGAAUCACUCAGAAAUCAAAAGAAUAUUUUACUACCAAUUCACCCUCCCCUGAUUAUAAACCUCAAUGACGAAGAGGAUGAAGAGGACAACGAAGAGGAACAGAACUAUGUUUCUAAUUGGGUGCCUAAGACUGAUGCAGAUAUUGAAGAGGAAAGAGCAAUAAAGGAAAUGUGCUAUAAAUCUGGCGAGUAUUACAGGAUUCAGUACCCUGACGAACACCAGUCAACAAAAACUGUGUCUUCACGUCCCAAAAAUGAGCUAUUACCCUUGAAAGCUACUGAACGAGACUUGCAGAAAGGUGAUGGUAAUACAAUUUCUACAAAAACUAAUAAUUCAAAAAGAGAGGGAGAGCGUUCUGGAAGGAAAGUACCCAUAGCAGGUAUUCCCAGAACAGAUCGCAGAUCCUUUGAAAAUGGAGGAAUUCAUACUUCAGACCCCAAAGGAAAGCCAUGUCACCAACAAAGGGGUCCAAGUAAGGAUGAUGAAACUGCUCCUUCUACACCUUAUCUGAGAGAAACUGGAAGAAAGACUUAUUUCCAAGCUUCAGCACCUCAAAGAUCAGCAUAUGUAGUCUACCGUAGCAUCACUGUCACCCAAGAACCAAUGUUCAGUGGAACUACAGCAGUCCCUGAGCCAUGUGGUGGGAAAUGCUCCAAACAAAAGAACCAGACUGACAGAAACAGAAGAUUUUGGACCCAAAUGGAAAACUAUGACAAAUACCCUUCAGGAUAUUAUAAUGCACCAACUUGGAGGAAAAGAAAUCCACAUGCAACACCGUCGAUGUUUAAAACAACCAUUCAGCAGAGCCAAGAAGACAUGGAAGUGAAUAGAAAAGGAGAACUGUACAUAGAGAAGAGAAAGAGGUGA